UCAUGGCGCCGCUUUCAACUGCUGCCUCUCAGAGGAGUGUGGGUCGCUCAUUGUGGAGUGUGAGUGACCUCCGUGAGCUACAAUAAAAUGUAAAUAUGGCGGUGGAUUUUCAACAUUAUUCAAGAAUGGUACAGGAGGGUUUAACCGAUAUUAGUGGUGUUCACAAUGCAUCACUCAGAGGAAGUUACAGGACAAAGGAAAGUCAGCUUCAAUUUAAUCGAAAUGUUCUCACUCAUCCUGCUAAUCUGGCUGCUCACUUUUCAGCCCCGAGUCCAAUUGUAAUUGAGAAACUUUGUACACCUCAGCAAAAUUUGGGACAGGAUAUAAAUCAAGAUAAUGCUUUAAGGAAUUCCAUCUCUACAGUUUCAUUUUCCGUAGUAUCAGAGGACCGUCUAAACCUCGCUCUACAGCUUGCUAAGCGUGAUGUGAAGCGAAAACAUGUGCAGGAAAACCAAGAGGGCAGACUAAAAUUACAAAUGCAUGAAGGUUCAUCCCAAGUCAAAUCAGAUGUACCUUCAAAACACCUUCAUAAACUCAAAGCAAAAACACAAAUCCAUAAGGAAAGCAAGAAUACCGUUAAUGCAUCGAAAUCUGAAGUGACUAAAUCAGGUGCUCGGGUCUAUGUGUAUACACCAGAUCGGUAUAGGAUGCAUCCAGUUACAUCUGACUCCCCACCUACUCAUGACUCAGGACCUGAAAAUAAGACCAGCCCCAAAACCGUAACAGAGCCAAGUGAGUUAGAAGUAAAGAGGUUGCAGAAGGAGCUGCGAAAGUAUAUGCAAAAGAUUGAAGAACUGGCAAGUAAAGAGCGCUCUGGUGAGCGUUUAGAUCCAGCUGAACAGGCCAGAGGCCGGAUGCGGCAGCAAGAAAGAGCAACACGUUCAGCUAGAAUGCUUUAUGUUCUACAGCAACAGGUGAAAGAAAUCCAGGAAGAUUUGGAAGAGCUUAGCCCACAGAAAAUUAAACACACAAAGAAAUCUCGCACAAUGUCUAGAUUGGCAGCUGUCCAUCGAGGAGCUAUUCGGGCCUUGCAGUUAUUUAUCACUCAGCUGAGCGAGCGAGGAGAGCAGCAGAUACCUACUCUCUAUAAAGAACUAGGACACCUCAUUCGCCAGCUCUCACUCUGCACUGCAAAAGUUGGAACUGGAAGUGAUCCCACUGCUUCAGAAACCAUUCUGUCCAUUCUCCAGCAAGCCGAGGAUUUAGAUCUCCUCCUUGAGCGCAAAAUCUCCUCCCACAUUAGAAGACAAUCGCCACGUUUUUCUACAAGUAGAUCUCCAUCGACUGGAAAGAGAUCAAACUGCGACACUCCUGCUGGAUCUCCCACCAGGAAUAAAAAAUGUCCACCUCCAGUCUUAAAGCAACGUAACGCUAGCCAAGAGAAAUGGAAGGAUGUGAAGAAACGCCUUGUUGUUGAGAGCACAAAUGAAUCUUUGACUACAGCAACCCAGACUGAGCCCGUAAACAUGGAGUACCCUUCCAGCCCUGAAAGACGUGAGGCCCUGCAAUCUGCACUGAAAGCUUUAGUACAAGCUGGUGGUCUAAAAGGGAUUCCUAAAACAGAGGUAGCACAACACAGGCACAAAGGAGUGUUGCUUCCUCAUAGACCCCAGGGAUUCCGUCAUCCACGAAAGACUGACUUAUCACAACAAGCACAUUUUCAGAAGAAAACUGUGGCGUUUGCAUUGAAAGAGAAUCGUCCACCUGUAAGGGAGAAGAAAAUCCCAUGGGUACCCCCUAAUCCAACAUCUCCUUCAGCUUCCCCAAAAAGGAUUAAUUUGGAUAGAGAAAAGAAAAAAACCAAUUCUUUGCCAAAGAAGCCGGAGCAUGAUGAGAUAUCAGAGCACAAAGAACCAGAGACGACAUCCACUGUACCGACAGAAGCUGUGAGGUUGGCAUGGUUAGAUGCUGAAAGCGCAAGGAGAACGCAGGAGUUGAGCGAUCUGUACCAGGAAGAAAUUUCCCACAUUCGGAAUCUCAGGGAGGAAGUUCUCCAAACAAGCAGAUUGUCAGGCAGUGGCAUGCAAAGUCAUCAGACCUUUAACCACGGGGACCUGCCUGGCAGAGGAAUAGAUCAUAUUUUGCAAGAAUCAGACCAAUUGAGCAGAGGGCAGAAUUCAGCAAUCUUACUUCAUAACAGUGAUUUGGAGACCAUGAUUCAAAGGAUGGAGGAGAUAGAGAGAUCUCAGGAAAUUGUUCGACAAAGAUGCAGUAGGAUUGUGUAUGCGGAUCCUGAAUUUUGGGCUCAGGAAGAAAAAGACAAAGAAAGUGCGGGCAGACAGCAAAUCCCUCGCUCUCCUCAUCCAAUCAGGAUCACCAAAGACGAAGACCAUAGGGAACCAGUUGUAGACAUAGUGCUAGAGGAGCCUUUUGAAGGAGAUUCACUGCAAAUGGCCAGGGAAGAAUUGGUCAGAAGUUCUCCACAACCUUUGCCACAGAAGCUGACCGGUCGGCAUCAAGACCUCGUACCUAUCUCUGUUCCAAAACAAAUGCUUCAAAGCAUUAAAAAUUAUACUGAAACUUUUGAGCGACACCUCCGACUGACAUCCAAUGAGGUGUUGAACAAUUUCAACCCGUGGCACAUCUCAGAAAGCAUAGCAGAUGAGCUUUUUGAAGAUGCAUUAGGCGAGGUGGCUUCAGAAUUGCAAGAUAUGUGUGAGGGUUAUUCUGAGGCAAUAUAUACUUCGGAGUUCCUGGAGCCUGUUGCCCCACAUUAAACAUAUAUGGACUUACUUUUCAGAACCAUUUCCCUAGCAUUUUUUUAUUUUUGUCAUUUCUGUCAGGUGUGUGUGUGUGUAUCCUUGUGUUUUGUUACUAUACAUUUUAAUUCUGUGCUUAAUAUAAUAAAUUUGUACAUGCCAGCUGACUAUUACAGUAUGACAAUGAUGGUUUUACUAUAAUGUUCAGCCAUUUGCCUGGCAAAGACCUUGGCAACCAUUGUCCAAAACAGCUGUGAUACUAAAGUGUCAUUGUUAUGUACAUGCCAUUUAUACUCUGAGUGUUGA